UUCAACAGCGCGUUUAUAUGAUUUCAGUUUAUUGUUUCUAGAGACUCUCUCCUCACCAAUGCCAUAGACCACUCACUACAGAGCUCAUCCACCGCCAUGGAAGCCCACGACAAAGUCGUCUCCGGCAUCGCCUCCCGCGUCAAGCACUUCCACCACCUCCAAAAGCCCUUCCGCAUCUACCACGGCGCCACCAACAGCACGCGCCGCUCCCACCGCAGCCCGGACAACACCAUCGACACCAGCCCGCUCAACCAUGUCCUCUCCGUCGACGCCGCCUCCAAGACGGCCGUCGUCGAGCCCAACGUGCCGAUGGACCUCCUCGUCAGCUCGACGCUGCGCCACGGCCUCGUCCCGCCCGUCGUGAUGGAGCUGCCCGGCAUCACCGUCGGCGGCGGCUUCUCCGGGACGUCGGGCGAGAGCAGCUCGUUCCGCUACGGCGCGUUCGACGCCAACAUCAACUGGAUCGAGAUUGUGCUGCCCGACGGCGAGGUGGCGCGCGCGUCCAAGACGGAGCGCCAGGACCUCUUCUGGGGCGCGGCCUCGGCGUUUGGGACGCUGGGCGUGGUCACGCUGCUGGAGGUGCAGCUCAAGGAGGCCAAGGCGUACGUGCGGCUCGAGUAUCAGCUUGCGAGGGGCGCGGAGGACAUGCUGAGCAAGAUUCAGGCGGCGUGUGCCGUGGAAGAGAACGACUAUGUGGACGCGAUUGUGUUUGCGAUGGACACGACGGUUGUGUGCACGGGAAGAUUGGUGGAUGAGGUGCCGCAGGGGACGAAGCCGGUGGGAUUCCUGGGCCGGAGCGAUCCCUGGUUCUACACCCGAGCCAGGGACGUUGUGAAGCAGCUCAAGAGGACGGCAAAGAAGGGAGGAGGAGGAGACGACAACAAGGCAGCGACCGUGACGGACUUUGUGCCGCUGCAGGACUACCUCUUCCGCUACGACCGCGGCGGCUUCUGGACGGCCGUGUAUGCCUACCGAUACUUUCUCACGCCCUUCAACCGGAUCACGAGAUACAUCCUCGACCCCUUCAUGCACGCCCGCGAGAUGUACCGCGCCGUCCACAAGAGCGGCCUCGCAGACUACUACAUGGUGCAGGACGUCGGCGUCCCAUACGACAAGGUCGUCGAGUUCCAGGCCUGGCUGGACAAGGAGCUGCACAUUUACCCGCUGUGGAUCUGUCCGCUGCGCGUCCGUCGCGACGACCCGGACUCGGGACACGGGCUGCACUCGGAGUUUGCAAGGCCGGACGUGCCCGACCUGAUGAAUUUCGGCGUCUGGGGCGGCGUCAAGGGGAGCCGGCGGGAGGUGAUUGACAAGAAUCGCGCGCUGGAGCGCAAGGUGCAGGAACUGAAAGGCAAGAAGUGGCUGUAUGCGCAUGCGUACUACACCGAGGACGAGUUCUGGUCGCACUACGACAGGAGCUCGUACGAUGCGCUGAGGAAAAAGUACGGCGCCGAGUACCUGCCGAGCGUGUACGACAAGGUCAAGGUGGACGUGGAGGGCGAGGAGAGGGCGCGGAAUGCGACGUGGCGGACGAGGUUGCGGGCGAGGGUCUGGGAUCUCUGGCCGUUGGCGGGAUUGAGGGGGUUAUAUAGCGCGGUGAAGGGGGGUGAUUAUCUGUUGCAGCAGCAGAAGAAGAAGAAGGGGAAGACGGGGAAGGGCAAGGAUGAUGUGGUGAGGGCUGAGGUGGAGGAGGGCGGCAAGAAGAGGGAGUGAGGGAUGCGAGAAUAGGUACUGUAUGAUGAUACCCGAGUUGAGGAGAGAGGUUCG